AUGCCCCCCAAAAGUGCACCAAAAAAGACUUACCGUUGUCCCUCUUCCCAACGGAAUGAGCGAGAUGAUGAUGGCGGCGCUCUCAAACUUGGUGUCGAAAGCUCCUGGACUCGUGAUGAUGCAUCCGUCACUGGAGUCGAGUGGUCAGACAGUCAGUGGGCUGAACCCCCUACUAGCGACCAGCUCACCAAUGAAAACGUGGAUAGAGCACUAGGUGCCCCCGUUGAAAUGAGCACCCCAUUAGAAAAUGUGGGUGACGAGGGAGAGGGAUCUACAUUCAUGAGUAUAUCUCCCCUACUGGGAAGCGUUGCUGGGCAACCUUCACCAAUAUUAUUUAGCUCGAUAAAUAGAUUGAGUCAGAAUAAUAAUCAUACCAGUGACAUGCGAAGCCCGAUCAUCUGGUCUGAUCUGGUUGACGACGAGGAAGAUAUAGGCGAAGUACCUGAAUUCCCCGUCCUCGAACCUUCCAACAUCUCCUCGUAUGGAGAUUCAGCACAAUGA